AUGGCGCCUUACGGUACCAGAUCUCGUACUGACCUUUCGCCCGCUCGCGUGCCCUCUGAAGUCCUCGACGACUACGAGGUCACCCCCAAGUACGACAUGUACGGCCUCGAGAAGAUCGAUACUCCGGUCGUAUUCCGUAAAGUUGCUCCGGCAAUUCGCGCCUCAGCUAACGACAACGACACCAAGAUGCAGAUUGACAUUAUGACUGUGGUUCUCGCUCAAACUGGUGGCGAGGCUUCUUCUGCUGCCGAGACAACCACCUUGACUUCGUCGACUGGUUCUUGCGCGUCCUCAAAGGAGAACAAACAGAAUGUUGUUGCUACUGAUGUCGUUCAUGCGAACGAGAAAUCUACCACCACCUUCACUGGCAAGAAAUCUGGCAUCGAUCCUCGUGCCAAGCCGUUCUUCCCUCGUGCCGGUUCUGGUGGUCUUGUUCUUGGUAAUCGUCUUCGUAGUGCUACUGUCAAGAUCACGAAACCUAAUGGCGAGGAAUUGAUCUUGCCCCCUCGUCGCUAUGCAUCUGCUGGUGCUGAGCCUGUUGCUCCCACCGUUGAUCUGCUGAUCAGUCCCUCCUCCAAAGCUGCUGCCGCGCCCAAGGAGAGCCUCGCUGCAGCUACCGCUGAGCUGGAGGAUUCUGAUUUUGACUGGGAUGACAAGCCCGGUAACCAGCCAGCUAAGGAAGCUGAGUCUAGCAACAACAAGGAGUCGGCUCCCGCCGACAAGCCCGUUCGAGGUCUUACGUCUCCGAAAGACUUCAUGAAACAAGUUCGCCUGAUCCACGAGAUGAAGUUGCAGGCAUCCAAGGCCGCUGCGGUGGGACGACCCCGUCGCAUCAUCUUUGGAAAUAUUCCUGAUUGGGCCACCAAGGCCGACAUCCUGCAGCUCGUCCACGGUGGCGCUGUCGAGAACGCUUGGAACGGAGACGGUGAAGUCACUGUUCAGUUCGUGAAUCAGGAGGCCUGCAUUGCGUACUACGAGGCCCAUGGGGGUGGAAUUACUUUGGGCAACGCUGACGAGGAGCUUACCAUCUCCGUUACUAUGCCUGAGGACGGUCAGCCUGACCACCCCGAGCUGCGGGAGCGGGCUUCGAAGGGUGGUUCGCGUGUCGUUUGUCUCUCGGGUCUCCGGCCUGGUUUGAAGGGUAGCAAUGGCGAGGACAUCCUGGGAAUUGUCUCUGCUCCUACCUGGGAAGGCAAGGAAUUCGACCACGUCGUGAUCAGACCGGGCACGCUCGGACUCGACGUUUACGUCUUCUUCUAUGAUCUUCACGUUGGCUGGGACUUCCUGCACAGCAUCCAAGACGGAGACUACGAAUGUGCUGCCAGGUUUGAAGCUGACCCUUGCACUCUGGACAGCUUCCACUUCGUUGACGAGCCGAACCGCAUGUUCACCGUUUACGAUGCGGGCGUCGGCGCCAACUAG